AUGGCUCUGGCAGGCCAUGACCCAGACCACAUUGUCUACUUAGCCUCCUGCUGCUGCCCCAGCUGGGCCUGUGGUCAGACUAACAUCUCCUGCGAGAAUGUGAAGGGGAAGCUAGUAGAGGCAGGCAAAUGGCCAUGGCAGGUGAGCAUCCUAUUCCUGGGCGCGAACAACUGCAGCAGCUCCCUCAUCCACCACCAGUGGGUCCUUACAGCUGUGCACUGCUUUCAGAGAUCCAAGGACCCCAGAUCAUACUCCGUGAAGAUGGGAAUUCAACGCCUCUCAGAAAAUGGCACCGACCUCUCAGUCACUUGCAUCGUGAUUCAUGAGGAUUUCACCAGCCUCAUGUCUCAGGAUAUUGCCCUCCUGAAGCUCAGGGACUCUGUCUCCUGGUCCCCCCUCAUCCAGCCUGUCUGUCUACCAAACCCUAAACUCAAGCCAUCUCUUGGAUCCAUGUGCUGGAUGAUCGGGUGGGGACAAACGAUCUCUCUCUCUUCGGAGACCCCACAGCCGUCCUACAGUCUUAAGGAGGUGGCUGUCAAGAUUGUAAACAACGAGAUCUGCAAUCAACAGUACAAGUUCCUUUUCUUGAAGGGCCAGAAAAAGUUAAUCAGGAAUGACAUGAUUUGUGCCAGCUUACAGUGGGGCAUGGACACCUGUCAGGGUAACUCUGGCAGUUCCCUUGUCUGCCAAGUGAACCACACCUGGAUUCAGAUGGUGCUGAACUGGAGCUUUAGCAGCAGCCGGCACCACUUCCUGGGUAUCUACACCAGCACCUCCCACUUCACCGACUGGAUCAAGACACAGAUCAGUGAUGUGAGGUUUGUCAGCAGGGCUGGGCCAGGCUUCCUGAGCCUGGUCUUCCUCACUGGCUACAUUCUGCUGGUUUCCUUGGGCUCCCUGUGGCUCCUGUGAGUGCUGUUUCCAGGGCAGUCACUCCCGGAGGCCACUUCUUCCUCCCCUCUGUCUGUCCUCAGGAGAAGUGGAGGCUGGAGGAGCACAGGACAUCAGGGCAGAGUACUCUGGGGGAGGGUCCCAGAGCCACUGUUUUUUCAAUUGUUCAAUGAAGAUGCUCUUGAACUUUGUGUCACUGAAGUCAUCAUCUUUCUUCUUGAUUAUGGCCAGACCCUUCCAAGCCUCCCCACCCCCAAGAGGCCUGGCUGUCCUCUCAAGGGGAGCCUCCCUGAUAGUCCUCCUUGUACUUGUGCUCAUCACGUUCCCCUCUCUGGGCUACAGUUUCCUCUUCUGCCAAAUAUGGAGCUGGACUUUGUGAUCUCACUCCCUGCUUAGUCAUCCCAGCACUCCAGCAAUCCCCAGGUCCCCAUGACCCUCUCCUGGGUCUCUGACCCAACAGUUUUCCCUCAGGCCUUACUGUGAGGGUUGGCCUCUUCCCAAGAAACUCACAAUGACCAGACCUGCACUUGUGGACCUAGUUCCAGAACGUGUGGGUCUCUCCCAAGCCCUCAUAUCACCCUAGGAGUCUACAGAAACUGACUGGUUCCUCCUCCCUCCCUGGCAGGGAUGGGUGAUGAUGGGGGGCAGGGAGGGGUAAGGCAGAGUGCCUGCUUAGGUGAUUGUGUGAGGUGACUGCACCCUGAGUUCCUGAGCUGCCUUAGUGACCUCCAUCAUACUCUGAAGAGGAAGGACAGGCGCAAGCUAGCCAGACUGAGAGGGCAGAGCUCUGCCACCCUUGUGGAAGGUAGCAUGGGGGCCCCCUCAGACCUGGUAGGCCUCUGGUUCACAGUGGCCAGCUACCCUUGCCCUCGGGCUCCAGAGUUUAGUAGGUGUGGUUUGCAGGAGAUUGGAGUACUGAAAGGCCAGCCCUAUUGUCUCUCCCAAGACAGCAGGAGCUGGCAAAUGUUAGAUUGUCCCGGCUUGAUUUAGUUUUCACCUUAUCUUUUAUUAGGCUAGAAUUUUCCAACAGCUUUGAACCAAAGCUUCUCAUA